GGAAGCGAGAUCUCUGACUACAGACAUGGCUAAAUUCCUGUCAGGAACUCAGAUCAACGAGUUCAAGGAAUGUUUCUCCUUGUACGACAAGAAGCGCAAGGGGAAGAUUGAAGCCAAGGACCUGAUCACAGUUAUGCGCUGUCUGGGGACGAGUCCCACCUUCGGUGAGAUCGACCGACACCUGCAGGUCCACAAGAUAGAAAAGAAGGGCGAGCUAGACUUCUCCACCUUCCUGACCAUGAUGCACCGGCAGAUCCAGCAAGAGGACCCCAAGGCGGAGAUCCUGGAGGCCAUGAGGAUGACGGACAAGCAGAAGAAGGGCUACAUCCUGGCCUCGGAGCUCCGGGCCAAGCUCACCAAGCUAGGAGAGAAGCUGACUGAUAAAGAAGUGGACGAGCUGUUCAGAGAAGCCAACGUGAAGUCUAAUGGCAACGUGCACUACGAGGAGUUCACCAGGAUGGUGACACUACCGUCAGUGGAUUACUGAGGGACAGGAGGAGAUGACGUCCUUUAUGACAGGGAAGCAUGGUCAUUGAAGGGACCUGGUUAUGCAUGCACUGAGCAUUACCCAACCACCUGCAUGCACUGAGCAUUACCCAACCACCUCCAUGCACUGAGCAUUACCCAACCACCUGCAUGCACUGAGCAUUACCCAACCACCUCCAUGCACUGAGCAUUACCCAACCACCUGCAUGCACUGAGCAUUACCCAACCACCUGCAUGCACUGAGCAUUACCCAACCACCUGCAUGCACUGAGCAUUACCCAACCACCUGCAUGCACUGAGCAUUACCCAACCACCUGCAUGCACUGAGCAUUACCCAACCACCUCCAUGCACUUAAUUUAUUGAUCAUCUAGGUUUGUGUCUAUUGUACGCUACUUUCUAUCAUUUAUACAAGUGCAUUUGAUUAAUUAAAUGGAUGUCUUUUUUUAAAUUCUAAUUGGGCGGGUUUAUUUGACUUGCUGCAGGAAGAGUAUCUGCAGGAAGAGUAUCUGCUGCAUGUGCAAUAUGUAAUGGACAUUAAAAUAAACAAAAUCAACUAAAAUAUC